AUGGCUCAUUCCAAUGCUAAUAUACAUCUUACGGAAGAUGUUAUUGCUGAUUUUGCUGGGACGGGCUCCCAGAGGCUUAUUGAGAAAUUGCAUGUUAAAGAUGUUCCCAAAGAUACCAUGAGCGAAAUCUUCAUUGAGAUCCUUAUAUGUCUCGAGGAUGGUCUGCUUACCAGUAAUGCAAUUGCUGAUUUCCUUCAGCAAGCUAUAAAUGAUGAAGAAAAAGCCAUCAUCUUUUGUCAGGCUUUGGAUGUCGUUCCUCUUACUGAGUCAAUGGAAGCUCUUAUGGGAGAACUUAACGAGAGGCAAGCCGUCAUAAAACCAAAGACUAUAGCAGAGAACGUUGAUUUAGCUCUUUUGACUAGUCUGAACCUUGCUCCUGUCCAAUCAUUGAAUCGCCAACUCAACAUGAAAAAGAGGGACAUUUUCUACACGCAGAAGAAUUUUAACCUUUUCCACGAAGAAUUCGAAGGAUAUUCCAAAUUAGUCCAAGAAAUGUUCAACAUAUUGAAAACCUCCAACAAUGUGGGACUUGUGGAUUUCGCAAUACGAUCAACAGAGUCGCUCAUUGGGCAUUAUCAACUAGAUCCCAAUAGAGUUCUCGACAUUCUCUUAGACGUUUUCACUCAUCUAAUCGUUGGCAAUCAUGUUUUCAUGAUCAAAUUUUUGAAAAGCUCCAGAUGGUGGCCUGCCGAGCCGGCCACUUCAGAUGCUGGCUUUGAAGAACUCCGUCAUGGUGGGAGUGAAACAGCUGCAAAGCUGCUUGGCCUCAAAUUCCUUAAGGCGUCUAAAGAUGAAGCGCUCACAGACACUUUUAAAGUAAUGGUUGCCAUACUAGUCAAGGAAGGUUUUGUAAGCUUUGGCUCAAUUUACAAGUAUGUUCGCCCUGAUGAUACUGAGAUGCAAGACCUUGAGGCGCUAUACAAAAAGGAGCUUGACGAGAAAGUGUUCAAGUCAGGCGCAAGCGCCUUGGCCUUGGCUGCUCCCUUAACUUCUGAAGAUGACAUCUCUGACAAGGGUGCCAAUGGCAGCAACAAAGAUGAAGAACAACAAUCAAUUAACGAGACACUUCAGUCCCGGUUGGAAACAAAUAUCACCUUUCAGGUAUUGAAAGCUUUUCUUGAAGUCGGUCUCUAUUGGCCUUCACUUUACAUCAUUACCGAAUUUCCAUUUCUCGUCCAUGUUGAUGCGUUGGUGCCAGAGUAUAUUCUUCGUAUGGUUGAUGUCAUAAUAUCGCCCCUAUAUGAAAAUGCGUUGAAAGUGCCUGAAUCGCUAAUUAAGGCGCUAAAUAAAGAUCGGCUUUCACCACAGGCACAUAACAUGGGCUCCAUCAAGUACAAGGAAGUGAAGCCGACACGGAUGUUUUGCUUAAAGCCCACUUCAGUGCUUCAAAGUGACAAAGACCUCAUUUAUUUCUAUCAAGAGUGGUCUAGGAAUCUUCCGAGAGUCGAUAAGAUUGAUGCCUUUUUCAAGCUAGGGCAAGAAAUUUUCAAGUACUUAGGAACCAAAUUAUCGGCAGACGUGGCGGUAUUUUCAAAGCUAUGUGAUGUCCUCACUUCACAAUGUGUUAUCCACGGCAACACAGAGUAUAAAGAACGUUGUUUUAAUUUCUUCAGGAAUUACAUUUUGCCCGCAAUAGGGGCAAUUGAAGAAAAUCCCGUGCCAGUUAGUAAAGCAUUUAAAUUCCUUCAGCAAUUUUCAGUGGACGAUAGAUUCAACUUGUAUGGUGAAUUACAUCAAGUGCUUGCCAAAAAUAAUCUUCAUGUCAAAAUCAAUUAUAAUAAGGCAGAAAAGGCCACAAAAGAUUCCCUCAAGAGAUUGUCAAAGGAGAAUGUCGCUCCAAUGAUGAAAAGAUUGGCAAAGAUAAGCUAUUCUAACCCCCUUCCGUGCUUCUUAACUAUCCUCCAGCAAAUUGAGAGUUACGAUAACCUAAACUCUUUGGUGGUCGACACAGCACAAUAUUUCAGUAAAUAUGGGUGGGAUAAUCUUACCUUGGCCAUUCUCAUGAGAUUGACAUCUUUGGGACGAAGCAAUAUUCAGCAAGAUGGUCUACAUGAGCGACAAUGGAUACAAUCCUUGGCAUCGUUCAUAGGUCAAUUGUGUCAUAAGUAUCCGGACUCGAUUGAUUUGAGGACAAUCGUUCUGUACCUAGUGAAAUCUUUCCAUCUUCAGGAGAGUUCGGGGCUCCUUGUAUUCAAAGAAAUCCUCGCGCUAACAGGCGGGCUCAAACCUAUAUCGAAUCUUACACCACAUCAGAUCGAGAUGAUAAAUAGCGGUGAAUCUCUCGAGAAAUUGGUGUACAAGACAAUUGACGAUACGCGAUUCAGCAGCCAACUUCCGGGAACGAAGCUUGCUAAUGUAUUUUUGGAGCUUGAUGUUGUGAAUGAGAUUUUAGUCCUUCUCUCCAACCUCAACAAAGCAAUCAUCGCCGGGGAGGAACUCACACAUCUCAAGGUUCUUGCCAACAGAGCAGAUGACAUUGAUACUGUCUUGCAUUUCUUCUGCACUCUAGUCGGGUUUUUCGGCGACGAUGAGAUCCCAAAUAAUUUGCAAGCCAUAACAACACUUGUCGAUAAGUAUGGAGUUCCUAUCCCUUGGGCGUUUGAGAUUUGGAGACCUUAUUUCACGGACACUGAGGUUCAAGGAGAUAUUGGGGAAAAGUUCACAUGUGGAGUCGAGCCUUCACUUUUUACCACCUUUUGGAGUUUAAAGCUCUUUGAUAUCAACUUUGAUCGGGAACUCUACGAUUCUGAACUUUCAAAGCUUGAAAGCACUGCAUCAAGUCUCAGAGAAACUCUUCUCGUAGCUCGUAAAGACAGAUCGAGCACGUCAGCAUUUUUGCAGAAAUUGAAGGCUGAUAUUGUCAGAACCGAAGAUUUUCAUGCUAAAAUCCCUGCUGAAAGAGACUUUCAUGAAACACAUAAUAAAGAAGUCAAAGAGUUACUCAAGCAACGCUGCAGAUCAUGGUUUCUUCCAAACACUGACGAGGAACUUGCUACUGCCAUCAAUACAUUUUUGCAAGAAUGCGUAUUCCCAAGAUGUGUUCACUCAUCAUUUGAUGCAAUAUUCAGCGCAAGAUUUCUUUUCUUGGUGCAUGAACUCAACCCAAAUAACUACUCUAUUAUUGAAGCUUUGAAUCAGAUUUUUCAAUCUGACAUAGUGUUUGGAGCUCUUUUUACUUGCACACCAUCCGAAGCUGAAUGUCUCGGAAUAUUCUACGCAGAGAUUCUUAAGAGAUUAUCCGUUUGGUACAAUGAAGAGGUCUUUGCAGGUUUAGCGCAAGCGACUCCGUUGAAGAAAAAUAUUUCGUCCCUGAAUUUGUCCUUGGGAGACUUCAAGAAAAUUUUAUUUGAGUUUCAUUCAUCUUUACUUCUGGACAUAUCGCGAUCAUUGAUUGCUAAUGAGUAUAUGUGUCGCCGCAAUGCGAUAACAUUAAUGAAAAAUUUAUUUGGAGUAUACCCUAACGUCGAAGACCAUUGCGAGACCAUCGUUGACUUGAUCGAGAAGAUAAGCACUACAGAAGAGCGCGACGAUCUUAAAUUGUCGUCUAGUGCUUUGAUUGGGCAUGUCAAAUCUCGGUCCAAGUCGUGGGUACAUAUGUGGGACUUUUAUGAUAUGUCAGAAGAUGAGAAGGCGAAGCAGAUAGACAAACGAAAAGCUAUAGAGGAGAACAGGGAAAGGAGGAAGGAAGCCUUGAGGAGGCAAAAAGAAGAAGAGGAGAGGAGAAUGAGAGAGGAGGAGGAAAGAAGGAGACAAGAAGCGAGGUUGGCGGAAGAAGAGGAAAGGAAGAGAAAGAUGGAAGAAGAAAGAAUAGAGCAACAGAAACAAGCUACAGCAAAAGCCCUUAGCUAUGAUAAUGAAGGAAAGGCUCCAAUCCGUCAAGCUCGUAAUGAAGAGGUGGAGCGUGGUCGAUAUGAUCAAUAUUCAAGAACAACUCCACGUCCAGAGACUCCAAAAGGCCCGAGUGCACAAAGCAGAAGCGCUGAUUCAAUGCAGAACAAGGCAUCAAAAGUAUUGGAGCAAAAGGAUUUGAAAGUCAAAAAGUUGGCGAGUGAAGAAACAAAACCUCAACAGGCAACACCGGGCCAUGCUAAGGAGCCUGAUGUUGAGAAAGCAAGAGAUGAAGCUAAGCCGAUGGAGGAUGCCAAAACGCAAUCUAACAUAAAAAGAGAUUCUCCUGCUGCUGAGGCUCCCACGCAGAUUAGAGCGAGUACCCCCUCACAUAGAAGACCUCUUCCACCCCAGCAGCCUCCACGGCAGCCAAGGUUUGGGUCUCUGGGUCGUCACGAAGACAGAGGGAGCCGUCACGAUGACAGAGGGAGCCGUCACGAUGACAGAGGGAGCCGUCACGAUGACAGAGGGAGCCGUCAUGAUGACAGAGACAAUCGAAAGGAUUCCGGAAACAACAAAGUAUACCAGCGUGGUCCUAUAAGAUCCCAAAGUACUACCCCACUCCCUCCCCGUCUACACCUCCACCACCCCCACCAACGGCGCCUUUGA